CGAAAAGCUUCAAAAGUAUUCGAACAGCUGAUCGAACAGGACGUGUUUCUGUUUGGCCUUCAAGAGGUGCAUUUUCCAGAAAGCAUUUAAUUGAAAUAAACGCCAGAAUUGAAAGAAAUUUGUGAACUUGGUUUAUUAUUGAGAAAUCUCAUAUCCGUAAAUUAUAUACCAGUGGAAUCAUAAAGAUGGCUCUCAACCUGGAUGAGUGUUACGAACAUGUUCUCGGGCUGGUCAGUCAGGCAGGAGAGAUAAUUGCUUCAAGAAACUCCGGUGAAAAAGCCGUGGUCGAGAAGUCCAGCAAUAUCGAUCUGUUGACAGAAACAGACCAACAAGUCGAACGAUUGCUAAUGGAUGGAAUUCUAGCGAAAUAUGCUGAUCAUAAGUUUAUUGGAGAGGAAGAGACGAGUGCUGGAAAAAAGGCGGAGCUGACCGAUGCACCUACCUGGAUUAUCGACCCAGUUGACGGAACGAUGAAUUUUGUCCAUAGCUUUCCACAUUCCUGCGUUUCUAUUGCACUGCUAGUCAACAAGGUUGCCGAAAUUGCAAUCAUCUACAAUCCGGUGUUGAACCAAAAAUUCACCGCGCGUCGAGGCCAGGGUGCAUUUAUGAAUGGCACUCAAAUCCGAGUUUCCGGAGAAACUCGUCUAGAGCAUGCUCUGGUCACAACCGAGUUCGGAACCAGUCGUGAUGAAGAAAGGACGGCCAUCGUUCUGGAAAACAUUGGCAAACUUGUGCGAGUCGUUCACGGAAUCCGUAGUCUCGGAUCGGCCGCCUUGAACAUGGCAAUGGUGGCUCUGGGAGGGGCUGAUUUCAAUUAUGAGGCCGGUAUCCAUGCGUGGGACAUUGCUGCCGGGGAUCUGCUAGUACGGGAAGCUGGUGGUGUCUGUCUGGACCCUGCCGGUGGUCCAUUGGAUCUGAUGUCUCGACGGGUGCUUUGUGCAAGCUCCCAGGAACUAGCUGACAAAGUUGUUCCCCUACUUACCCAGUACUAUCCUCAGCCUAGAGAUUGAAUACCUUCCGGAAUAACAGUCGAAUGCUGAUACUUUAGCAUAAAUGUAUUAUUGAAAAUUACGUGCAACAGUACAAUAUCAUGUUAUAAUAUAUAAAACAUGUAUC